CGAUGCGCGCGCGGGGAAGCGGCGCGGGGGCGACGCGGCCGGAGCACCUCGUCGCGCACGCGCGCCUCGUCAAGUCUGCGUGCCCGGACGCGUUCCUCGCUACCACCGCGAUGCGUGGCUACCUCCGCGCGUGCCUCCCGCUGCAAGCCAUCCUCCUCCUCCGCGCGCUGCUGCCGCGGGCGCCCCGCCUCCUCGGCAACUCCUUCUCGCUCUCCCUCGCGCUGCAGGCCUCCGCCACGAUCCCGGCGCCGGGCGCCCCUUUCACGCUCGGCGCCUCCCUCCAUGCGCGCGCGCUCAAGUCGGGCUUCGCCGCCGCCGACCUCUUCGUGCGCACCGCGCUCGUCGAGGCCUACGCCAAGGCGGGGCGGGCAGAGCUCGCGCGCGCUGCGUUCGACGAGGCGCCACUCAGGGACGUGUUCCUGUGCAAUGUCAUGCUUGCGGCCUACGUUGCUCGCGGGGAGGUCGCGGAGGCGAGGAAGGUGUUUGAUGGAAUGCGCGAGAGGGACCUUGUCUCCUGGAACACGAUGAUCCACGGGUACGCGGUGAGAGGAGAUGUCGCCAUGGCGAGGGAGAUAUUCAAUGGGACGGAAGACAGGGAUGCUUUCUCGUGGAGCUCAAUGAUGUCGGCGUAUGCCAAGGGCCGACGGUCUAAGGAGGCGCUGGAGCUGUGGCGGGAGAUGUGCGCAGCCGGCGUCGUACCAGACUGCAUCACCAUGGUGAGCGUGCUUUCGGCGUGUGGGGACAUGGGGACGCUUGCCGUUGGCGCAGAGGUGCAUCAGUUUGUGGAGAGCAACGGGGUUGAGGUGGAUGUCAAGCUUGGGACUGCUCUGAUCGACAUGUAUGCCAAGUGUGGUGACAUCGAGAAUUCGCUGAGAGUAUUCCACUUCAUGCCGGCGAAAGAUGUGCUGACUUGGAGCUCGAUGGUCAUCGGGCUGGCCAAUCACGGUCUUGGCCAUGAAGCUCUCAGCUUGUUCUCAAGGAUGACAUCAGAAGGGCUGAAACCAAAUGAGAUUACCUUCAUAGGGGUUCUUAUAGCCUGUACUCAUCUUGGUCUUGUGAGUGAAGGCAAGAAGUAUUUCAGCUCAAUGAGUGAAGUGCAUGGUGUAGCACCAAGGGUUGAGCACUAUGGAUGCAUGGUCGAUCUUCUGGGGCGAUCAGGCCAUAUUGAGGAGGCAAGGCAGCUCAUCAGGGACAUGCCGUUUGAGCCAGAUGCAGUUAUCUGGAGGGCACUUCUUGGGGCUUGUCGCAUCUAUAAGAAUGUAGAAGUUGCAGAAGAAGCUAUGGCCAAACUGCGAGUAUUGGAUCCUCAUGCCGAUGGGCACUAUGUCUUACUGUCAAACAUAUAUGCACAAGCAAGUUCAUGGGAAGGUGUUGCAGAGAUGAGGAAGACGAUUAGGAGGGAGAGCAUUCAGAGAAUUCCUGGAAGAAGCUCAAUUGAGUGGCAGAACACAAUUCACGAGUUUGUUUCUGGCGAUAGAUCACAUCCUAGGUCCGAAGAGAUCUACAAAAUGUUGGAAGAGAUGAUGAAUCAGUUAAGAAAAGCUGGAUAUAGGCCAAUGACAUGCUUAGUAUUGCAAGACAUUGAUGAGCAAUCUAAGGAGCGUGCAUUGGCUGAACAUAGUGAGAAGCUGGCCAUUGCUUUUGGGCUGCUAACCACUCCUGCCAGAUCAACUCUUCGAAUUACAAAGAAUCUCAGAGCUUGUGAAGACUGCCAUUCAGUUAUUAAGCUUAUCUCCUUGGUAUAUGAUCGCAAGUUGAUCGUUAGAGACCGUAAUCGUUUCCACCAUUUCAGUGAAGGGCAAUGCUCAUGUAAGGACUACUGGUGAAGUUACCAACUUGUACCCCAAAAAAUGCACCGUGCAGGAGUUUGAGCUUGAGAGGUGUUCUUUUAGUUGAGAUCUGAAACAGCUGCAUUCAAAGGGCAUGCUCAUAUCAUAUAU